AAACAUUUUUUAUCAAUCAAUUAGCUCUCGUGUUUGUUAUUUUAUUUUGAUUAUCUCAUCUAUCUCUUGACUAUUUCCUUAUACACAAUUGAUAUAAAAACUCUUCAUCGGUUCCAGUUUUUGUCAUUGCUUGGUUGUAGUCUUUCAGACAACAUGAGGGCGAUUUUGGGUGUUUUGGCAGUAUCCUGCGUGGUGUGUAUCCAUGCCGGUACAUACACCGACAGAUUUCUGGAACAAUACAACAAAAUCCAUAACUCUGCCAACGGGUACUUUUCCUCUGAGGGUGUGCCGUACCACAGCGUGGAAACCCUGAUCGUUGAAGCUCCAGACCAUGGACACCAAACCACCUCUGAAGCCUUCAGUUACCAUAUCUGGCUUGAAGCGAUGUACGGAGCUAUCCAAGGAGACUUUUCUUCGUUCAACAGUGCCUGGGACACUUUGGAGAAGUACGCUAUUCCCGCUUUGCAAACAGCUAAUGGUGCUUACAAUCCUAGCAAGCCGGCUACUUUCCAAGCCGAAUGGGACACUCCCAGCGAGUACCCAUCUCUGUCUGACAGCAGUGUACCAGUAGGUCAAGAUCCUAUUUCUGCUGAACUGAAGAGCGCCUAUGGUUCUGAUUCUUUAUACUCCAUGCACUGGCUUUUUGACGUUGACAACGUGUAUGGAUUUAGCAACACUCAAGGCCAAUGCGAAGACGGUGGUAGCGGACCAUCCUUGUUCAACAACUACCAAAGAGGACCUGAAGAAUCUGUCUGGAGAACCAUUCCUCAACCUACCUGUGAUCAAUUCAAAGGACAAAAUGGAUUCUUGGACUUGUUCACCAAAGACAGUUCUUAUGCCCACCAAUACAAGUACACAGCAGCUCCUGAUGCCGAUGCCAGAGCUGUCCAAGCAGCUUAUUGGGCUGCCCAAUGGGCCACAGCCAAUGGACAGAUCAGUAGUAUCUCCAGCACCUUAUCCAAAGCAGCCAAAAUGGGUGAUUACCUCAGAUACUCCUUCUUCGACAAGUACUUCAAGAAAAUCGGUAACUGCAUUGGUGCCUAUGCUUGCCAAGGAGCUACUGGAAAAGACAGCGCUCACUACCUCAUCAGUUGGUACUUCGCCUGGGGCGCCUCAUACAACGCCCAGUACGACUGGGCUUGGCGUAUUGGAGAUGGCGCCGCUCAUUUCGGCUACCAGAACCCUCUGGCCGCUUACGCUCUUAGUACCGACUCGAACCUAACUCCUAAAGGUGCCACGGCUGUCGAAGACUGGAAAACUUCCCUGGACAGACAAUUGGAGCUGUACGAGUUCUUGCAAACUUCCGAAGGAGCGUUUGCCGGUGGAGUUACCAACUCCUGGAAAGGAAGAUACGAGACUCCCGACUCUGACUUACAAGUAGAUACUUUCCACGGUAUGUUUUACGACUGGGAACCCGUAUACCAUGACCCACCAUCAAACAGAUGGUACGGAAUGCAACCCUGGUCGGCCGAUCGUCUAGCUCAGUACUACUACGUAACCGGAGAUACUAAAGCUCAAGCUAUCUUGGAGAAAUGGGUGAAUUGGGUUAUUCCCAACAUCAAAUGGACGGGAGAUGACUUUGAAAUGCCCGCCAAUCUUGAAUGGUCCGGUGACCCACCAAACGCCCACGUCACAGUAGCGACCUGGGGUAAAGAUCUGGGUACCGCCGCUGCCACGGCUCGUACUUUCUCGUACUACGCUGCUAAAGCCAACGAUGCAACUGUAAAGGAAAACGCCAAGAAACUUUUAGAUGCUUUGUACGCAAACUACCAAACCACCAAAGGUAUAGCCGCCCCAGAGACUCGUGAAGAUUACAGCCGUUUCAACGAAGCCGUGUAUGUACCCAACGGAUGGACUGGAACGUACCCCAACGGUGACGUCAUCGAUUCUUCUGCCACCUUUAUCAAGAUCAGGUCGUGGUACAAGAACGAUCCUGAUUGGUCUAAAGUACAGGCUUACCUGGAUGGUGGGGAUGCUCCAGUGUUUACCUACCACAGAUUCUGGACUCAGGCUGAUAUCGCUCUAGCUUUUGGUGCAUACGGACUGCUUUUCAAUGAAUAGAUUAUUUUUGAUAUCGGUUUUGUAAAUAAAUGAUUUAAUAAGCAAG